AUGUCCUCUUCGCAUCUGGAAGGUCCGCUUCUGCGCCGCUCCAUUCCCUUCGUGGAGCGCUGGAUUGCGGAACUUGUCGCCGCGAGAGCACCGCCGGGGGCCGCCCAGAAGGUGGUGGUGCGGGAACAAGCGCCGCAAGGCUUUGGUGCGAAGGGAAAGAAGAAGGAUGGAAAGGCUGGUGGUGCCUCUGCGAGUGCUGCUGCUGGGGAGGAGACGUGUGGCAGCAGCAUGUCUAAGUGCCACUUUGUUGUCGGCGAGGUAGUUGACGUGCGCCCGCAUCUGGAGAGCGAGAAGUUGUAUAUUGAAGAGAUUGACCUCGGCGAGGCGGCGGGUGGACGUCGCACCAUCCUUAGCGGCCUACGGGAGUAUGUGAAGCAGGAUGAGCUUAUGAACCGCCUGGUACUUGUCGUUGCGAAUCUGGAGCCGCGCAAGAUUGGUGGGAUCGUGUCAGAAGGCAUGGUCCUCUGUGCCUCGCGAACCGAUGGGGACUCACGUGACGUAAAAUUGUUGGACGUACCCGCAGGUACACCCAUCGGCGAACGUGUUGUGUUUGACGGCCACGACGGGCCUUUUGAGCCUGUACUGAAGAAGAAGUUGGCAAAACACUUUGAAAAGGUGGCAGUCGACCUAAAAACGAACGAAAAAGGGGAGGUGACAUGGGGAAGCAUGCCAUUUCGCACGAGCCGUGGUGUCAUUACUGCGCCUAUCCAUAAUGGUGUCGUCUCGUGA